AGAAUAAAAUAACAAUGACGUAGAAUUCGACAAUUAUAAUUUCAUUAACACAGAGUGAAUUAUUUCAUGUUAGCGUAAUAGGAAACUUCAAUGCUCUUUACAACAGAGACGUUAGACGUUAUUGAGGCGAUAGAUGGGGUAAUUAAGGAAACCGUUAACUGCAAAAUCCGAUUUAUUUGCGACGAUUGGCUUCGAAGUUCGGCAACGAGGCAAAUGUUCCCGGAGUUUCAAUCAGUCCUCCUUAGAACUGCUAUUUUGCAGCCGUUGCCCUAAGACGUUCGGAAUGCGAUUAUAAUAAAUUCUUGACUAAAAGUCGCCGAAGUACCCAAAUCCUUUUUCGAUGAUAAUAGUCGAAAAAAAAUGAGAAAGAGAAAAAGAGCAAUUUUUUUUUUAUAUACAGAUAGUACACCAUACCAUGUCACAGUAGCUUGCAUUUGAGAGGCAUUGAAAUUGCGAUUUGCAUGCAAACGAAAUGCGUUUUUUCUCAUAUUUACGAGAGAACGGUACUUCAAUAUUCCUUGCUGAAAUAUCCGAUAUUCUGUUAAUAUUCGCAUCUCUUUUUUUUUUGGUCGUUAUAAAAGUUUAUACGUAAGCUUAAUGAGGAUGAAUCGGCAAAAGUAUUAUAGUAGUAUUAUAAGUAUUAUAAAGGUAUUAUUAUAAUUAGAGUGUUUUCCAUUAUACAUAUGUAAAUGCAAAAAGAUAUAAAGCUGUUGUAAUCUCGUAAUUUUGCGAAUAAUAUUUAAAUAUACAUUUUAAAUAACGUUUUUUUUUUUAAUAUUUCUUUCUCUAACAAUUCCCUUUUCCGUGUUGCAGGUGAUUGUCUGGGCAAUGUUUGAACGAAGCUGCGAACAGGAUGCCGACCACUGAGACAGAUGAUCGUAUCGUCCAUGUAGCCCAGGAGAAAUUAUCCCAGUUCGACACGUAGCACCAUCUUUGGUCGAGGUCCUUGGGAUUCGGUGAAACUGUGAAUAUACCGUAGGUUUAGAACAAACGAUUCCUCGAGAUGAUAUCAAGAACGGCGGGCCGGUGGCUGCUCUAUGCGGUGCUUACAGUCGCUCUGUGUCAAGGCGAGGAGGAUUGGAUGCAGUGCUCGUCGUGCAAGUGCAAAUGGGUGUCCGGCAAGAAGACCGCGGAGUGCAUUAAACAGAACUUCACGAAAGUGCCGGAGGACCUCUCACCUGAGAUCCAGAAUCUCGAUAUGACGGGCAAUAAUCUGUCUCAUCUCGUUCACGAGGCAUUUAGCCGUGUCCAUCUGGUAAAUUUGCACAAAUUAGUGUUGCGCGAAUGCAACAUCGAGUCGAUUCACACAGAUGCGUUCAGCAGCCUGAAGAUCAUCAUAGAGAUCGAUCUUUCGAACAACAACAUCCACAGUCUACAUCCGGGCACAUUUUAUGAAACUCAACGAUUGCGAGUGCUGUUGCUGAAUCACAAUAGGUUGAAGGCGUUAGAGAACAAUCUAUUCAUUAAUCUCACUUACCUACAGAAGGUGACGUUGUCGAAUAACAGAUUGGAGCGAAUCGAGGAAAAGACGUUUCGCAAUUUGCCACUCUUGCAGUCUCUCGCGUUGGACGGGAAUAAUUUCAGCACCCUGCAAGUGCAAAGCUUCGAGAGUCUGUCCAAACUCAGCAGUCUCGAGCUACGGAAUAAUCCAUGGAACUGCAACUGCCAUCUCAAAAGGUUUCGCGACUGGACGAUCGAACACAAGUUGUACACAAAGCCGACCACUUGCCAGCAGCCGCGCAACAUGGCCGGCAAAAUGUGGGACGUAGUUACUAGUGACGAAUUCGCGUGCAGACCGAGGAUUACUGCCGUUGGUCCAGCGACCAAAAUUGAAAUGGGCAAAGGAGACGUAACACUUACGUGCAAGGCAUCAGGAAUUCCUCGUCCUCAGUUGUCUUGGACACAUCGCAAUCGUAUUUUAAACAAUCUUACUAAACGCACGAACACUGAUAGAGGCUAUGUACUCUCGUCGAGCCACGAAUGGUUGAAUCUUACCAUUAUCGAUGCACUGCCUUCUGACAAGGGUGAUUAUGUCUGCCAUGCGAAGAGUCCAGGAGGCGACGCUGAGAGAAAUGUGACUCUGGCCAUUGUGGGCGACGCUUUGGGCGGUAGGGAAAAUUUCAUCAGUCUACCCCUUGCCAUCGGACUGGGUGUCACCGCGUUAUGUCUGUUGAUCGUCACGGUAGUGCUCUGCGUGUGCUAUUGCCGUCGUCGUCGGACCAGACAUGAUGAGAAAGGUCUCGAGGCUGCGUCCCUGGAGCAUCAUGGUCUCGGCGAACAAGAGAAGUCCCUAAUCACUACCAUCAAUCCGGUCGUGAAGCCACCAAGGCGCUACGAGGCACCAUCGGUGACGUCGCACGGUACAGAGAUGACGGAGCUGAACCGCACGUUGCUCGACAACGACUCGGUUUUUGCUGACGGUGUCGGGAGCGGUGUCGUCGGCGGUGUAGGCGGCGGCGUAGGCGACGACGAGAGGGAGCACGAGCGGGCCACGCCAGAGCUCGACGGGGGCGGCAACGACGGCGGUGGCGAUACAUUACCGCGCGGAGGUGCCGGUUACCACCGACAAUAUCCGCCGGAUCUGCUGGCCUUCUCCGGCGGUCGCGGUGCAUCGCCGACUAGCCAGGCGUCAACAGCACCCGACAGCACGCGUUUGCCUAGUCAGCACGUGAUAACACCGGUGGCAACGACGACGGCGGCUGCGACGGCAGCUUCAUCGUAUGGCUCGCCGCCGUCAGGCCAGUAUCACUCGGCCGUCUUCAAGACGUUGCCGCACAGCCGCAGCGUGACGCCGUAUGGUCUCGGACCAUCCUCGUCAUCGUCGCCGAUGGCGCCGGUGUUACCACGUCACGGUUACGUGACGAUCCCGCGACGCCCGCGAGCACCUAGCUGGAGCAGUGGACCCCCGACGUCACCCACCGAUGUUCUCGAGCCAGUUUAUGACAAUCUUGGUCUACGUACCACGGCUGAUGGUAGCUCGAUGCUGUCGCUCAACAAGAGUCCGGAAUUGGCGCCGUCGUCCAUGAGGGGUCGACCACUUCCAGGUACAUCGGGAGGUUCGCAUUAUGGUACGAUCCAACGUAGCACGCCGAACAUCUUGACCAGCAAUUCGUUGGAUCGGGCAGCGCCGGAAGGCGCAGCCGAAUGGCCGUUCAAGUUAGCGGACGAGAGUAUGGACGGCAGUCAUCUGUUACUCAUACAGCAACAGCAACAGCCAGCCACCAGCAACACCCUCGGUAGGAAAGUGCCACCGAGACCGCCGCCAAAACCCAAGAAGAAAUCCGCCAACGGACCGACGCUUUACGAGGACGAGGGCGAGGAUGGCACGGAAGUAUGAUACCAUGGGCAUCGUCCGCGAUGAGGGCGACUGGUCGUGGUACGCCACGACGGGGCGUGCACGACCACACUUACAAUAAACCGGUAGUGCCUUUCGAGACGCGCGUCUCAUGCGCGCGGGACUUCCACUCCCUUCGGCGAGUCGCGAUCAUCUGGAGGAUAAUCGAGAUAUAGAGGAGACAUCUUCGUGCAUAGAUGAACACGAGUGGCUCGCCGAAACCGCUGACGAUGACGUUGAAAGGAGGACGCGCCGAUCGGACAUUCGUGUCACCUAUCCUCGUCCCUCAACUUUCCCUCCCUGUAAGUUAUCUUGUAAGUUAUUUAUUGUGCGUUACAGAAUAUUCGAAAUUAAUCGGAAUAUCCGAAAUCAAUAUAUCGUGCUCCGUAUGAAUUAUUUUUUAUACGAUGUGAUCGAGUAUCAUUUCUUAUCCCUCGUCUUUUCCUACGUAUUUUUUCUUUUUCCUCUUUUUUUUUUUCAUCAGGUUUCUUUAGUGUUUUAUUUGACGUUCGUCACGCGUCGUGAGUUGAUAACACGGUAAAUGUGAAUAAGAUUCCGAACAUUGCCGUCGGUAUUAGUCGAUAUAAGGCGAAAUCUAUUCGCGUUUUGUGUAAAAUUUACGCGAAGCAACUGGAAGUGAACUCGAGUCGUUCUGCGAAGAACGAUACCAGUGAAUUUGUCUUCUAUUCGUAUUAUCCGUAAUGGGAAAUCGUGAUCGUUACGGCACGAUUCGCGUGUAUAAACAGAAGUGUUAAGGUUUCAGACAAGGUAACGUUUUGCACAUGUUACAUUUAUGCGGGAAACGUGAUGAGAAUUUAAUAUUGUUAAGAAUCUAUCUAGCUGUUAUACGCCAUCCUGUCGCGUUUCUUUUCUAACAUUGAAAUUCCGACGCCUAUGUGGAAUCGUAGAAACAAGACUCGUUACAUUCGUAAACGAUGCGAACUCUCGUGCUAAGCUUAUAUUGAAUGGCGUAAUGAUCUGUGUCCCUUCUCCUUCUGUAUAAGCGCAUCGUUUAACCGUGCUUGUACUGGUAGAAGUAUCCCGUAUUCUGUCAGCGACAUUUGUCGGUAUCUUAAAUCACCGGCAGGUAUCGCUCGCGACAUUUACAGCGGCCAAUCGAUCGCGUCAGAUAUCGUUAAUGCAAUACGGAAUACCGCUACCUAUAUAACGGUGCCACUUUGUAUUACGUUAAAUGGAUAAUAUCUAUUACAAUUGUAUAAACCUAAAGUAGAUGUAAGUGCUGCGAUGACACUCGAUACGUGUUCGGGAUAGUAAGAGAUAUAUUAUGAAGUACGUGUACAGAAAAAAAAACGUAUGUGAGUAACGUUGCCGCGUUUAUUUCUGUCGACGUUAAUUGCACGAAUAUCGUGACUUUUGAAAUUCGUGUAAUUCAUUAUCGUCAGAAUGACCGAGCGGUCAGAAUAACAGCGUAUUUUGUAAACGAGACCAAUUCGACAUCGCUAUCCAAUUGGUCCCCGCUAUCACCAUCAUACUAGCCGUGGAUAACACCAAAAAGACCAGUUUGAUAUAUAUACAUAUAUACAUACAUCUGUACUCCUCCCCUCCCCCUACUGAUCCAAAUUCACUUCGGGACUUCAAAUUAAUUGAACGUUACGCACGGUGCGUUCCAAUUAGCAGCAAUUACAGCUCGAUUGUUAACUCCGACAUAUUGCGCAUAAUAUCUGGACUCGAAAAA